AUGGUGGAGAUCGCAGGGCAAUAUGGUGUUACAGCUAUGCCGACGUUCAUGGUCUUCAAGGACGGGAAGAAAAUCGAGGAGAUCAGGGGUGCGGAUGUGCGGUCGCUGAAGGCUGCCGUGGAGAAGGUUGCUGGUGAGCUGGGGAAGGUUAAGGAGGAGAAGGUUGAGGUGAAGAAGCCUGAGGUCAAACCAGAGGUCAAGGAGGACAGCAAGAAGGAGGAGGAUGAGAAUACCGUUAGUGGGAGUUAUGGGAUGACUGGAGGGAACAACUGGAAGAUGUCGUUGCAUUAG